AUGUUUGGUGCUGGAGGUAAGAUAAUUAUGAAGCAACAAAAUAAUUAUGCACUUAUCAACUGAAAGCCAACCCCCCCACCCCCGGGCCAAGGUGGGGGAACAAAGGGUGUUUGAUAAAAUUUGACAGCAUGUUUUGCCGUUGGGGGCUGGGGAUUUCUCAAGAUUUGCCAUGUUUUAUUUUUCUCCUACAGGACUGUAGGUGGGGGCUUUAAAAGUUUAAGUGCCCCCUCAUGGGGGUUAAUCACCAUUGUAGUUGACAUGAAGUCAAAUCCCCACCCUGUCCUGGGGGUGAGGGAGGGGGGAUUUCAGUUGAUAAGUGCAUAAACAAUAAGUUGGUCAUAAAAAAAUUCUUGAAUCUGAUUGGUCAUCAGCAGCUAUGAUUUUAGCAGUGCAGUGUAACAUAAUAGGGUUAAGAAUGCUGGAGUAGAAUGUAGUGUAGCUUGCACACCAGAUUACAAUCAAAAGAUCAUAAUAAACAAUGCUGUGAUCUUAGAAAUUUUUCUUUUGUUGGGGGGGGGGGGGAGAAAUAUGCUGGAGUAGAAUGUGCAUAUUCUAAACACAGUGGUAUUCAUGGCAUGAACAAUUUCUGAAUCAAAGACAUGAAAUACUUUAAAAUUCCGAAAAUAAGGCCCGGGGCUUAUAUUUUUCAAAGGCCCUUUUUGAGGGGCUUAUUUUUGGAGGGGCUUAUAUACGGGAGGGAAAUUUGCGUUUCAAAAUCGAUUGGGCUAGCCUUAUAGUUGGAGGUAAAUUUACCGUUUUUGCUUUGUUUUAUUUUGUAUUUGAGGGCAAUUUUCCAAGUAAAAGUAAAAGGGGCUUAUAUUUUGGAGGGCGAUUUUUUACGGAGGGUUUUUGCGUUACCAGUUUGAGGGGCUUAUAUUUGGAGGUGCUUAUACACGGAGGGGCUUAUUUUCGGAAUUUUACGGUAUCUUUAAAUCUAUGGUUGACUGAGUACUAUCUGCAAAGGGUGCAUGUAAUACAUUGGCUUGACUGUGGUGUAGGUUGCAUACCAGAUUACAAUCAAAAUUGUAAUAAACAAGGCUAUGCUCUGAGAAAAAAAAUUCGGGGAGCCCAAAACACUAGCCCUUUGACAUUCUGGCUGCCCAGCAUAGUAAUUUUGGGCAAAAACUAAGAUUGCCUUCUUGCCGAAGAGCAACAGUAAGUCACCAGGGGCCUAUGAGGACUGCUAGAGUACAGCCCUAAUAAACAUAAUACAGACUUUCCUUGUUUCUAUGACACAGAUCCCUUUGCCAAGCAAAGAAAAGUCUAUUUCAAAGAUGACAAAAUUCCAUUUGAUGGAGUACCAUUCAGUAUAAUUGGCCCCAAGGUAUUUGACUGCCAACAUGGACCAGACAGGAAAAAGUCAUUUAAAGUGAGACAUUCUGAAGAGAAGGUAUGUUGGUUAUGACUAAAAAAUAUCUGCAUUUUUAUUUCACAGCCACAGCCUUUUUGGUGCUUCUAGCACUAAACUGUAAGGAAUCUAUAAUAUUAAUCUUCUAACUACAGGUUGAUGAUCACUCAUUCAAAAGGAGGAGGUUUCUACCUCAAGACACAAUGAAGUUUGGCUGCCCUGCAAGUAUUCGUUUAUCAGAAGUCAUAAAGUAUUGCAAUUACAAGGUACAAAACCACCAUCACAAUAGUGAUAAUAGCAAUUGACAUUAUACUUCCGCUCAGUAAAAUACAUCCCUUCAUUUCAUAUCUUAUUACUGUCUUUUAACUCUAUUAGAUCAGGGAUGACACAGAAAGACUAAGAAGGGACAUGUCCAAAAAGCUGAAGACUGAUAUAACCAGCGGACAGAAACCCCAAGCUGAACGCAGAAUUUAUAUCUAA